CCACCGCGGGCCGAGCCAGGACUUUGUGGACGUGGCGAAGCGCGUCCUGGGCAUACCCUAGAGCUCAUUGGCUCCGCCCCUUGCCCCUUCCUGCACUCCCAUUGGUCGGAGGGCGGGGCCUCUACGCGGCCGGAGGCGGAGCCUGGCUGGAGGGCGGCCAAAUUGGACAUUUUUGCGUGGACACAGAGCACAGCGUGGGGAGCGAAUCCAGGCCGGGGACCAGUGAGAUGUGGCGAUCGUGGUUGCUGCUGCUUCUCUUGCUGCUGAGGCGCGGGGUGCAAGCAAAGCCGUCCCCUGACUCUGGCCCUCACGGCCAGGGUAGAGUGCAUCAAAGGACCCCCCUGAGCGAGGUCCCCCAUGAUGACGUCCAUGGGAACUUCCAGUACGACCACGAGGCGUUCCUAGGACGGGAUGUGGCCAAGGAAUUCGACCAGCUCAGCCCGGAGGAAAGCCAGGACCGGCUGGGGAAGAUCGUGGACCGCAUGGACCGCGCCGGGGACGGCGACGGCUGGGUGUCCUUGGCCGAGCUCCGCGCGUGGAUCGCGCACACGCAGCAGCGGCACAUCCGGGACUCGGUGAGCGCCGCCUGGCACACUUACGACACGGACCGCGAUGGACACGUGGGUUGGGAGGAGCUGCGCAAUGCCACCUACGGCCAUUAUGAACCGGGGGAAGAAUUUCACGAUGUGGAGGAUGCAGAGACCUACAAGAAGAUGCUGGCUCGGGAUGAGCGACGAUUCCGGGUGGCCGACCAGGAUGGUGACUCAGUGGCCACUCGGGAGGAGCUGACAGCCUUCCUGCAUCCCGAGGAGUUCCCUCACAUGCGGGACAUCGUGAUUGCUGAAACCCUGGAGGAUCUGGACAAGAAUAAAGACGGCUAUGUCCAGGUGGAGGAGUACAUCGCGGACCUGUAUUCUGAGGAGCCUGGGGAGGAGGAGCCGGCCUGGGUGCAGACCGAGCGCCAGCAGUUCCGGGACUUCCGAGACCUGAACAAGGAUGGGCGGCUGGAUGGCAGUGAAGUCGGCCACUGGGUGCUGCCCCCAUCCCAGGACCAGCCCCUGGUGGAGGCCAACCACCUACUGCACGAGAGUGACACAGACAAAGACGGCCGUCUGAGCAAAGCCGAGAUCCUCCACAACUGGAACAUGUUUGUGGGCAGCCAGGCCACCAACUAUGGAGAGGACCUGACCAGACACCAUGAUGAGCUCUGAGCCCUGAGACUGCUCAACCGUGACACCAUAGGAGGGACAGCUGCAGCCAGCCCCUCCCUGCAGGGCACAGCCCCAGUGUCUCCAGCUCCUGGGCUUUCAGGGACCCACUCAGACUUCUCUCCCUGAGACCCCUCUGCCCCCACCCUGAGGCCACAACCUGCCCAAGACACUCUCAGGCCUCCAAAGGACAGGUGAUCCCCAUUCUCAUUGGUACCGUCUACCAGCUCAGACCCAGGAACCCUCACUUCAGCCCUAUCCCUCAAUCUGAGCCUCAAUCACCCAGAUGCCCUGCACUGCCCUGCCAGGGAGCAAUAAAAGCCAUUUUGGGGGCACCCU